GCCGCCGCCGGCUGCUGCCGGAGCAUUGACAUCGCAGCAGGUUGCCCGUGGUCCAUUUAUGUUGUGGGAUGUCGGACUGAUUCCGUGGAGGUAGACUUUAAUUUGUGGCCGAAAAGGAGGUUACUUUUCUGGGGCAGUGGCGGACCACGCUGACCAUGGCCUCCAACUUCAAUGAUAUAGUGAAGCAGGGAUACGUGCGGAUACGGAGUAAGACACUAGGGAUCUUCAGGAGGUGUUGGCUGGUGUUUAAGAAGGCAUCCAGUAAAGGCCCAAGGAGGUUAGAGAAAUACCCAGACGAGAAGGCAGCAUACUUCCGAAGCAUUCACAAGAUCACGGCGCUUCACAAUAUCAAGAACAUUACACGGAUGCCGAGGGAGACCAAGAAACACGCUGUGGCAAUCAUCUUCUACGACGAGAUGCCCAAGACAUUUGCCUGUGAGUCAGAGCUGGAUGCAGAAGAGUGGUGUAAGCUGCUGUGUGUGGAGUGUCUAGGAAGCUGUCUGAAUGACAUCAGCCUGGGAGAACCAGACCUGUUAGCAGCGGGGGUGCAGCAGGAGCAGAGCGAGCGGUUCAACGUAUACCUGAUGCCCACCCCCAACCUGGACAUCUAUGGGGAAUGUACCAUGCAGAUCACCCAUGAGAACAUCUACCUGUGGGAUAUCCACAACUCGCGUGUCAAACUGGUCAUGUGGCCUCUCAACUCACUGAGGAGAUAUGGACGAGACUCCACCUGGUUCACCUUCGAGUCAGGAAGGAUGUGUGACACGAGGGAGGGUCUGUUUACAUUCCAGACGCGGGAGGGAGAGAUGAUCUACCAGAGAGUCCACUCAGCCACCCUGUCCAUCGCACAGCAACACGAGAGGAUGGUGGAGGAGUUGGAGAAGACCUCACAGACCCAAUCCAACCAGACAACGUUAACCAAGUCCAUCUCCCUGCCUCGCAGUGCCUACUGGCGUCACAUAAUGCGUCAGAACAGCGUUGGAGACAUCUACAGCUACCAAGGUACUAGCCUGACGAUGACCCUGAUGACCCGAGCACAGACCUUCCCCAGCUUCCUCUCUGAACAGACAGAAGAAGAGCAGUCCUCACAGCACCAGGAAGAGGCACUGUCCCCCUCCGGUGGCUAUGGCUCACACUGCAGCCAGGUGACGCUCCAAUGACAAGCACCUUCAGAACAGGCCAAAAACUGGACAUUCCAACACUUUAGAAAGGCUGUAGAAAUAUGUAUAGGAAAAUGUAUAAAAUAUAAUUUUAUGUUAAUACAUUAUGAUGAUAGUGUUAAUUGUAGACAGGUACAUAUAUAUAUAUAUAUAUACUUAUGAAAGGAUUAUUGCGGGACACCUUGCUGGGUCCCGUUCAUUAAGGAGAUCUGUUCUACCUUUCUGUAAUAUUUUUGGCCGUUUCAGUCUGUUCACCUGCAACAAGCACCACAUCCCUCCAUUUGAAAAUGGUCUGCUUGUUCACGAGUACAGGUCUGUACAUACUGUACGUGUAGAUCUAUAAAGCAUCCCAACUUCAAAAGGCAUGAACAAAUCCAUACAAUGAAAAUAUGAGCAAAUCUGAGUAGCACUUACAGGCCUACAGGCUUAGACUAUCUAACUCCGACCGUUGUUAACAAGCAGUUUGUUUGGCUUCUGUGUGGAGCCCUCAGAACUGUUCUGACUACUGAUGUUUUCCGGAACUCGCGCCCUGUCCUCCAGCCACAGAAUGAAGUGCCUUGUGACGCAUGCAAACUGAAGUGUGACACCACUGCACCAGACACCCACAGGCCUCUGUCUCUGGGUCCGUGUCUGUCAAUGUUAGCCAUGAUUACGGUACGUACAUCUCUGGAGCAAGACCUUCUGAAAAUAGUCUUGUCAAUUUGUAUUAAAAUGUUUUGUCUUGUCAUUAUCUGAGAAAUGAUCAAGUUUCCACCAAUUCACUGUUUCCAAGAACACAAAGUCAACGUUCACAAGAAAAGACAAUGCAUUUAUUGAGGUACGCAGAUGAGCAUAUUAGUCAAAACACUGUUUAUCCUAUUGAGUCACUUGAGUGAAUUAUUUUGUCAAAGUUUGAUUAUUUAUUUUCAUAGCGGUAGAUUUGUUUAUAUGGAAUCCCAGAAACGUCCAAGAAACAGUAUAAAAUAAUAACCAUGAAUAUCAUGUAUUUAGAUCACAGAAUUAGCUGUUUGUUUAGUUCUACCUAACACAUAUGUUAAUAUAUUUAACCUCAACGUGGGUUGGAUGAUCAAAGAAAGUGCCCUUCUACGAAAGGUUCUCAUGAUCUAUUUGUUACGAUGAUAACUGUGUGAAACUCACUACUGUACAGCAAACUAUUUUACACAACUGUAAAGGGAGGAAAAUGUUCCAGUUAGUUUGGCGUAUUUAUACGGCUGUGGUAAGGAGAGAAAGUAGUUCCAGGUUGUUCUGUGAUGUUCAUCAUUUACUGUUUUCCACGUUGCAUUUCCUUCUCCUGUUGUUUAUGUCAGCCAUUUUGUUUGAAUAUAAUAGAGGAAUAGACAGGAGGUAUUCCGUCCGGCACGACACUACACACUGUUCCUACCACCACAAUGUUAGUUUGAUGUUUAUGUCUAAAUAAUCACACGCUACAUGCAUUUGUGUUUUCUUUUUACUUUGUCGUAAUAUUUGUUAAAAGCACUUUUAAUACAUUGAGUGUAUGAUUACUUUGUCCGCUCACUAAACGUAUAUACUGUGUGUAAUAUGUUUUUAUUUUGAUGAGGUAAGAGAAUAAAUUGAAUGUACAUGCUGUCAAAGUAUAACGUUUUAUUUUUUUAUAUUUUGCAUCUUCUUUGUUCUACCGAUUUACCCAACAUGCAACAGGUCUAAAUGCAGUUGCAAUAGGCUACCUGAUAAACGAUUAGUGAAAAAGUAACUAGGGCAGAGAUUCAAUCAAAGGCGCAUUGCAAUGUGCUUUAAAAGUCAAUUUUGCAGACAUUCACGGAGAACGCAUUCAUGGCAAGCGCUGCGGAUGUCGGCUAAGCGUAAAUUACCUUUAAAAAGUCAAGUGCAAUGCGCUUGUCUACAACACACCUUUGAUUUAAACCCGGCCAAACACUCCUAGAAAAUACCAAUUGAUGUCACAGUAGAGUUGGUUUUACUUAGUUCACAUGAGGUCAUUAAAGUCACAGAGAAACAGACGGUAUCAGCACCUAUUGUACAGAUGUAGGCUUAACACAUUGACAAGAAUAAAACCCUGUAUUCCCAA